AUGGCCGGGCCAGGGUUUGGGGGCCACCCCGCCGGACCUCUCCUGCUGUUGCUGCUGCUGCCACAGGCCCUGACGGAGGGACCCCUGGUCUUCGUGGCUGUGGUGUUCCGCCAUGGCGACCGGGCCCCGCUGGCCUCCUAUCCCAGUGACCCACACAAGGAGGUUGUAGCCACUCUGUGGCCACGUGGCCUGGGCCAGCUGACUGGGGAGGGGGUCCGCCAGCAGCUGGAGCUGGGCCGCUUCCUGAGGAGCCGCUACGAGGACUUUCUGAGCCCCGAGUACCGACGGGAAGAGGUGUACAUUCGCAGCACAGACUUUGACCGGACGCUGGAGAGCGCUCAGGCCAACCUGGCAGGGCUGUUCCCUGAGGCCGCCCCAGGGCGCUCCGAGGCCACCUGGAGGCCCAUCCCUGUGCACACGGUGCCGGCCACCGAGGACAAGCUGCUGAGGUUCCCUACACGCAGCUGUCCCCGAUACCGUGAGCUGCUGAGGGAGGCCACGGAGGCUGCCGAGUACCAGACCGCGCUAGACGGCUGGACGGACUUCUUGACGCGCCUAGAGAACUUCACGGGGCUGUCGCUGGUCGGGGAGCCGCUCCGCAGGGCGUGGAAGGUUCUGGACACUCUGAUUUGCCAGCAAGCCCACGGUCUUCCCCUCCCAUCCUGGGCCUCCUCGGAUGUCCUGCAGACGCUGGCUCAGAUCACGGCUUUGGAUAUUGGGGCCCACGUGGGCCCACCCCGGGCAGCAGAGAAGGCCCAGCUGUCGGGGGGAAUCCUGCUGGAUGCCAUCCUUGCCAACUUCUCUCGGGUGCAGCGCUUGGGGUUGCCCCUCAAGAUGGUUAUGUAUUCGGCUCACGACAGCACUCUGCUGGCCCUCCAGGGGGCCCUGGGUCUCUAUGACGGGCACACACCGCCUUAUGCCGCCUGCCUCGGCUUUGAGUUCCGGAGGCGCCUGGGGGACCCGGAUGGCGACGCAGGGAAUGUCACCAUCUCCCUCUUCUACCGCAACGAUUCUGCUGGCCUGCCCUUGACCCUCAGCCUCCCCGGGUGCCCGGCCUCCUGCCCGCUGGGCCGCUUCCGCCGGCUGACGGCCCCUGCCCGGCCUCCGGCUCACGGGAUCCCCUGUCACGGUUUCCACGAGCCCGCCACCCCCGCAGCCACCGUGGUGCCCCUCCUGGCUGGGGCUGUGGCCGUGCUGGCGGCCCUCAGUAUGGGGCUGGGCCUGCUGGCCUGGAGACCCAGCUGCUUGCGGGCCUGGGGGGGCCCCGUGUGAGCCAGGAAACCGGGCACCCCUUCCCCCACAGCUGACACUGGAUCCCAACACAUCUGCUCACCCGC